AUCGAAGUGGAGGGUCCACCGGGCUCCAACUACUCGAUGCAGGUGCAGGUAACCCCGAAGCAGGAGGAGUUUGGAAUCAGCAUCCCGCUGGCCUUCGUCGUCUUGGGCGUGCUUUACAUCCUCAUUGGAUUUGAGCUCGUUCACCGGACCCUGGCAGCUCUGAUCGGAGCAACGCUGGCGGUGGCGUUCCUGUCCAUCGUUGGCGAGCGUCCGAGCUUGGAGCGGGUAGUUUCCUGGCUCGACGUGGAGACGCUCUGCCUUCUCUUCGGCAUGAUGGUCCUGGUGGGAAUCCUCUGCGAGACCGGAUUCUUCGACUACGCGGCAGUCUUGGCGUACCGACUGUCCCGAGGCCGUGUGUGGCCCAUGAUCAGCAUGCUGUGCCUCUUCGCGGCAGUGAUCUCCGCGUUUCUGGACAACGUCACCACCAUCCUUCUCAUGACGCCAGUCACUAUCAAGCUGUGCGAGGUGAUGGGUCUGGACCCUAAGCAAGUGCUCAUCAUUCUGGUGCUCUACUCCAACAUCGGGGGCGCCGCCACGCCCGUUGGAGAUCCGCCCAACGUCAUCAUAAUCUCGAACCACAGGGUCAAGGCACUGGGUAUCAACUUCACAGGCUUCACGCUCCACAUGCUGCCCGGCAUCAUCCUCUGCGCCAUGGGAGCCUUCGCCUUCCUGCGCUUUUACUUCCGGGAUCCGAGAACGCUCCGCCUUAACACCACCGAAGCCGUGGAGAUCGAGCACGAGAUCGACGUGUGGCGAAAGGCGGUACACUCACUGGCCGAGUACUCGAGAGACGAGAGCCACGUCAAAGACAUCCUCUCCAAGAAGGUCCGCAAGCUGGUACGGCAGCAGAGCAAGAAGUCGCACUACGUCAGGUGGGAAACCUGCCAGUCGAUGGACUUCCGCGAGAACCUGCGCACUCUGAGCGACAAGUACAAGAUCCGCAAAUGGUCGCUGCUCAUCAAGUCCGGCCUGGUGCUGCUCGUGGUCAUAUUGCUCUUCUUCAUGCAGAGCAUUCCCAACGUGCACCUAAGCCUGGGGUGGAUCGCCAUCCUAGGCGCCGUGACGCUGAUGAUCCUGGCCGACCUGUCUGAGCUGGAGGGGGUCAUUGCUCGGGUGGAAUGGACCACGCUCAUCUUCUUCGGCGCCCUCUUCGUGGUCAUGGAGGCUCUGUCAGAGUUGAAGCUGCUGCUUUUCGUCGGCCACGUGACGGAAAGCUGGAUCCGUGGCGUGUGCCAGGAGUCCCGGCUGAUCGUGUCCAUCCUGAUCGUCACAUGGGUGUCCUCCGUUGUCUCCUCAUUCGUCGACAACAUCCCCUUCACCACCGUCAUGAUCAAGGUGGUGACUGGACUUGGCGAAAGUGACCUGGGCCUGCGGCUGAUUCCGUUGGUGUACUCCCUGGCCUUCGGUUCCUGCCUGGGCGGCAAUGGAACCCUGAUCGGAGCUUCUGCCAACGUGGUAUGUGCCGGAGUGGCCGAGCAGCACGGGUACAAGUUCAGCUUUGUGCAGUUUCUGCGGAUUGGAUUUCCGGUCAUGGUGCUGACAACGGCCAUUUCAACUGGGUGGCUGCUACUCUGCCACGUUGUCAUGCAGUGGGACUCCUGA